AUGCGGGGGCUGUGCGGCCGGAGAGCUUCCAAGCUCAGCGUCCACACGGGCGAGAAGCCCUACUUGUGCCCCGACUGCGGGAAGAGGUUCAGCCAGCGGGCACACCUGGCCCGGCACCGCCGCGCCCACACCGGGGAGAAGAAGCCCUACAGGUGUGCCCAGUGCGGCACCUGCUUCGGUGACAACUCCACCCUCGUCCGCCGCCGCCGCCGCGCCCACACCGGGGAGAAGAAGCCCUACAGGUGUGCCCAGUGCGGCACCUGCUUCGGUGACAACUCCACCCUCGUCCGCCACCGCCGCGCUCACACCGGGGAGAAGCCUUUCCAGUGCCCGCGCUGCGGGAAGAGCUUCAGCCGCAGCUCCUACCUGGUCUCGCACCAGCGGGUGCACCUGACCAUAGUGGGAGACUACUGGAAAAAGCCAAAGGAGCCUGGAAUAAAAAGUGCUAUGGCAGGAUACACAGGGGACUGCAUUUUGGGUGACUUUAAGGAAGAGGGGGGCAUUCCUGAAGUUCCUGAGGAAGAUGUGCUGCCUCAGCUACCUGAAGCCCACAGCCCGGACUGGCCAGCAGCCUGUAAUAAAACCCCUCGCCAAAAAAGAGGCUCCAAGAAACUCGCUGCUGUCACUGAUGGCCAGAAACGGGAUGGAAAAGAGAAACCCUAUACAUGUACAGAAUGUGGGAAGGGUUUUACGGGAAAAUCCAGGCUCUUGACCCACGUGCAAACCCACACGAGAGAAAAAACCUUUGAGUGUGUAGAAUGUGGGAAGAGCUUUAGCAGGAAGGCCAACCUGGUGGUGCACCAGAGGAUCCACACGGGGGAGAAGCUUUACAAGUGCAAGGAAUGUGAGAAAACCUUAAGCAGCAAGUCAAACCUAAUUGCUCACUGCAAAACCCAUGCAAAAAAGAAAGCCUAUUCUUGCACCACAUGCAGGAAGACUUUUGGUGGACGCACAGCUCUCUUCCAGCAUCAGAGAGUCCAUUUGAAUGAGAAGCCCUAUAGAUGCGUUGAGUGUAGAAAAAGCUUCCGCCUGUGCUCAAACUUCAUCAAACAUCAACGGAUUCAUUUGACAGAGGGACCCAGUGAACACACAGCAGGUAACUGA